UCGCUCCAAACUCGUGAUCUAUGAAACGAUUCCUCUUCACUACAAACAUUGCAAAGUCUUAGGCCAUGCGACUUCCGGAUGCAAAGCUAUGUCCCCCGCAUCCGUGGAGAUAGAGAGAAGGACUGCCGAUGUUGUGGUUGUAGGUAAUCAAGUUCGAGCUAGCAUGGUUGCCGGGCUUGGGCCGUCUGUUACAGUCGUUGCUCGUGAUCAAGCCGAGAGAUAUGACCCCAUGCAUUUUGAGUUUGCUAGAAAUUCUGCUGGUUGGGAAAUAGUUAGGAGAAAGGGCGGAGGGUCGACCCAAUCUAUUAUAGAUCAGAGUUGCUAUCGCCGAGCCGGCCGGAUUGAUACUGCUGCUUCGGUGCGGAAUGGGUCCCGAAAUGUUCGACCAGAAAAGCUAAGGCAAGCUGGUGGUGGUGCAUUAUGUGACAUUGAGGAGGGCCGGGGGUGGCUAGGUAGCCCAUCUACUGGGGCUGCUAGUCAUAGUGUCCCGAUUACCCUUGAGAGAAUGGAAGAGGUCCUUGGCGUGGCGAUUAUUGAUGAGCUGGUACCUUCUAUUGCUCGGAGGGCUACCCAUCCGCCUAGUAGAGGAGUUGGUCGGGACGGGGUUUCUAAGAGGGUGACCACUAAGAGUGGGGAUGUGACAACUAGAGGUGGCGAUAGGCGAGUGCCCACCACCCAAUCUCUUGUAUGUUAA